AUGGAGACUGCGCUACAGCGUGGGAUGCUGGAUGAUCAAUACCGACUACCGUGUCGAAUGCUGGACCAAGUUAUACAGUCAAGAGAGAUAGAGGCGAACAUCAUGAAAACAGUGACGCACACUUGUACGCCAGGAGCUACGGUUUUAGAUCUACCUGGAGGUGAUUCAAUCGAAGAUAUCGCUGAAUCGGUGGAUGCAAGGAAGAGGAAAGAGACCUCGGAUAUUAUAGAUGGCCACUUUUUAUCUUGGGUAUUCGGCUCGGCACUAAUUGUCAUCUUGAGCGUCAGUUUCUACGCUUUUUAUAAUCUUUACCAUGCAGUUUUAAAGAAAUUCCCAUCGCAUCAUACGGAAUUAUAAAAAACGGACAAAAAUGAAAAAAUCAUACUGGUUCGCCUUGAAUGUAUUUGUUUACAUUCAAUAGACAGUGAAAAGAAAUGCCCA